AUGACAUUGUCAGUAUGGGAUCGAGGGUCUGAUGGAACUUGGACGAAGGCGGCAAGUUGGAAGGUCCAUGGAGGUGCUGUAUGGCGUGUUGUCUGGGCCCAUCCUGAGUUUGGACAACUGCUUGCCACAUGCUCUUAUGAUCGCAGUGUUCACAUUUGGGAGGAGAUUCGAAGUGGUCCCGGUGGCAGGAAGUGGCAACGGGUCGUUUCGCUAAGGCUUGAUCUCGCAUUUCCGGUUACCGAUCUUCGAUUUUCACCCAUAGCUCUUGCUCAUUCUCACCAGCUAGCAGUUGCCGCAGGAGACGUUCACGUAUAUAAUAUUAAGGUUGCAUUUGAUCACCAUGGUCGACGCUUGGCCACUUGCUCUAGUGAUAUGACAUUGUCAGUAUGGGAUCGAGGGUCUGAUGGAACUUGGACGAAGGCGGCAAGUUGGAAGGCGACGGUAUCUGCGCAAGGUGUUGUUCGUAUUUAUGAAGCUGCAGAUGUGAUGGACCUGUCCAGAUGGUCUCUGUGCCAUGAACUUCAG